AUGGCAGUGGCGAGUGGCGGUUGCAGCAGUGGCGGUGGCAGUGGCGGUGGCAGUUGCAGCAGUAGCGGUGGCAGUGGCAGCAGUGGCGGUGGCAGUUACAGCAGUGGCGGUGGCGGUGGCAGUGGCGGUGGCAGUGGCAGCGAGUGGCGGUGGCGGUGGCAGUGGCAGUGGCGCGGUGGCGGUGGCGACGCUGGCGGUGGCAGUGGCAGUGAAAUUGGCAGUUGCAGCAGUGGCCGUGGCAGUGGCAGUGGCAGUGGCAGCAGUGGGGGCGGUGGCGAAGCGGCGAGCGGCAGUGGCGGCUGGCGGCGAGCGGUGGAACUGGCGGUGGCAGUGGCGGUGGCGGUGGCGGUAACGGCAGUGGCGGUGGCGAUGGCGGUGGCGAAGCGAGUGGCUGGCGAAUGGCGUAGCAGUGGCGAGAUUAACGGUGGCAGCGGUGUUAGUGUAGUCAAUCUAACAGUAGCAAUGCUUAGCAGUCUUUCAAUGGCAAUGAUGGUCGCCAGUAGCAGUCGUGGUCCUGCUCAAACUUAA